AUGGGGUUGGUGGGUGUUGGAGAAACUGGAAAUGGAGAAAUGGGUUUGUCUAGUGUUGCAUUGGGAACCAAGAACAAAUACAAGAGGAUGGAUUCUCAGCUCCCAGAUGAAGAUGAAGAUGCUUCACAGCACCAGCUACAAGAAAAAAGGAGCAAAAAAACCAGGAAAUAUGUCCUUGCUUGUGCCAUUUUUGCUUCUCUCAACUCUGUUCUUCUUGGCUAUGAUGUAGGUGUCAUGAGUGGAGCAAUCAUAUUCAUUCAGGAAGAUUUAAAGAUCACCGAGGUACAAGAAGAAGUACUUGUUGGGAUUCUGAGCAUUGUUUCGCUCUUCGGUAGUUUAGCUGGUGGUAAAACAUCCGAUAUGAUUGGUAGAAAGUGGACCAUGGCCUUGGCUGCUGUUGUCUUUCAAGCUGGUGCAGGUGUAAUGGUAUUUGCUCCUUCAUUUGAAAUACUGAUGGUUGGAAGACUCCUGGCCGGCAUUGGAAUUGGCUUCGGUGUCAUGAUUGCCCCUGUUUACAUUGCUGAGAUAUCACCCACCAUUGCCAGAGGCUCACUGACCUCCUUCCCUGAAAUUUUUAUAAAUCUUGGAAUUUUACUAGGCUACGUCUCAAACUAUGCAUUUUCUGGUCUUCCAGCACAUAUAAACUGGAGGAUAAUGCUUGGAGUAGGAAUUCUGCCUUCGGUGUUCAUUGGUUUUGCACUUUUCAUAAUCCCCGAGUCCCCAAGGUGGUUGGUCAUACAGAACCGUGUUGAUGAGGCAAGAUCAGUGUUGUUGAAAACAAAUGAAAAUGAAAGUGAGGUGGAGGACAGACUGAAUGAAAUACUAGUAGCUGCUGACACGUCCAGUGGAGGGAAAUAUGAGGAGAAAAGUGUGACACGUGAACUGUUGAGUCCAUCUCCUGCACUUCGCCGAAUGCUUAUCACUGGGUUUGGAAUUCAGUGUUUCCAACAGAUAACAGGAAUAGAUGCGACUGUAUAUUACAGCCCUGAAAUCUUCGGAGAAGCUGGAAUUGAGGAUAAAACAAAUCUACUUGCCGCAACUGUUGCUGUGGGUGUCACAAAGACUGUAUUUAUAAUGGUUGCUAUUCUCCUUAUUGACAAGCUUGGAAGAAAGCCCUUGCUUUAUGUCAGCACUAUUGGAAUGACUGCUUGUUUAUUCAGUUUGGCCUUUACUCUCACUUUUCUUGGGAAAGGGCAGAUUGGGAUUGCAAUGGCAAUUUUGUCAGUUUGUGGGAAUGUAGCCUUCUUUUCAGUUGGAAUUGGUCCUGUUUGCUGGGUUUUGACAUCCGAAAUCUUUCCUCUAAGGCUGCGUGCUCAGGCAGGAGCACUUGGGGCGGUGGGCAAUAGGGUGUGCAGUGGCCUAGUUGCCAUGUCUUUUCUCUCAGUUUCCAAUGCAAUUUCAUUUGGGGGAACAUUCUUUAUCUUUUCUGUAGUUUCGGCUGUUUCAGUUGCAUUUGUCUACAUCUUUGUUCCAGAAACCAAAGGAAAGUCAUUGGAGCAGAUCGAGUUGCUUUUUCAGACUGAACAAUGGCAAGGGGAAGGGGGUCAAGUGGAACUAGGAGAUGUUGAGCAUCUUGUGCAGAAAGGAUGA